AAUAUUACCUUCUAGUCGGUAAGUUCUCCAUACCUAUGGAAUAGUCAUUGGCUUAGUUUCGUGUAUUUACCAUACUUGUUUGGAUUCUUUUGACUCAAAUUAAAACACAAUCAAGGGAUUUUAGCGGUAGCCAAACAACUUUUUACAGCUAUUAGCAUAGUUUCGUUAAUUAUUGAACCACUAUUUUAGGUAAACAACUUUCCAAUCUCCCCCGGUAUAUCGAGCACGCCACCCACGUUUCACUGACCGUAGCGACGCUCUCCCCACCAGCGCCAUCUACCUACCUCAUUUCCAUCUAAAAUCGGACGCGUGCGCGACGCCAGGCGUCGAAAGCGCCAGCCCAGAUGGACGCCAGUACUCUCGCAACUAUGGACAAGGAUGCUUUGAAGAAGCAGAUCGAGAAUAUGAAAUACCAGGCGGCUAUGGAGCGGUGGCCUCUGUCAAAAUCUAUUGCAGCAAUGCGGGAGUAUGUCGAAGAAAACGAAAAGAACGACCCUCUCAUCCACGCCCCCGACAAAAAGAAUAACCCUUGGGCGGAGAAAGGAAAGUGCGUCAUCAUGUAGAAUCAACAGCUGAUCUUCGGCUUCCUAGUUAUUAUUUUCCCCUUUCUGAUAAUGAUUUUGCCCAACAUUAACAGUUUGUUGCUUAAUCCGAUAGUCCUUUAUUAGUUUCGAAUCCGGAUCCGAAUCCGAAUCCUAGAAGAAUAUGCUCCAGCGGCGUAGCAGUCCAUUCUGACAGUGCAUCCAAAACAAAAACCCUAAAAGAUUUUCCAAGAAUGCCAUUGUUAUGUAGUUUAACUAUAACCAGUUUGAAAUUUUUAACUAUUUUUUAUUACACGUAGUCUAAGGAGUGGAAUUUUUAUUUCCAGUCGUAUAAGCCGGUCAAAAACCUCGUGGAGGAUAGAUUACUCACCUCAUCUUCUAUCCAAUACGCCCAGGAGCUUUGCUGGGGAGGAACAAACAACAAAUUAAAUAUAUUAUAUACUGAGUGUAUCUAGCUUGAUAUUAGCUUUGUUGGCAAGUGUAAUCUAAGGUGACCCAGCUGUAACCCAGCAAUUAUUAAAAAUUUUAUUACUUUUAAGAUACUCACUUAUAUAUAUGCUAUGUGUGUAUUUGUAGGGUAGUUAUUCAAGAUUUUGUUCCUCCCCCAACGAAACAAGCAAAAAUCCUUUCUUUUGGUCGUUUUAUACCUAAACAAGUAAAGAUUCCGCUCUAAAAUAUAACAUAUUUUAAAUAAUGCUUGUUUGUGUACUUUUAUUACUAUCAUAGCUGUAGAAAUAUUUAUUGUAUGAUAUUGCAAAAGUAUCUUAUUUAUCCCUUUUGAAAUACAAGACGAAUAGUUAGUUCAUUAUGACAAAAUGACAAUUUACAUUAACACUGUUAUUGCUUAUACUCCUAAACUGUUAAUACUACCAGCUAUUUCUUAGUUUUUCAGCUCAUUGAUAGAUGGCGCUCAAUAGAGCUAUUCAUCGCAGGUAUUUUUCAGGUACACUCGACAUAUGACGUACAAUAAUAUAUACGUCAUACGUCAUUGUCAUACGUCAUCCAGCGAUGAAUAGUCCUACUGUCUUAACAAAUGUCAAACAUUAAUUUCUAUGUUAUAUCACUAUGAGUGAAUCUAGUCAAAAUAAAAUAAUUAAUAAUAAGAUUAUAGUUAUAUAUGAUUUUGGUUGGUAAAAUAAGAAGACAUUGUUGUAACUUUAUUUUAACUAGCGCCAUCUAGUAGUGAGUGGGAAAAGUAUUGUUAAAGGGACCGGAAACAAAAAUUUCUUAUUUUUUUAAAAGAUACUCCAAACAAACUGCAUCUAAAUUUUACCAUCAUGAGUACCUUUUAAGAAACUGCGAAAUUUUUAUUUUUAUCAGUAUAAGUGAGAUAAUUUAAACGUGUAUUUGUUAUUUCUCUACAUUUCUGUAUGUGUUGCAUUAUAAUAUUAAACUACUCAUUCAUUAUCGGAAUGUUUUUAUAUAUGAUAAAAUUUGUUUUUUUCGAUCAGUGAAUGUUACAAAACUUGGUAAGAUUCAUUGAUUUCUCGUUUAAUGUCGUACCCUGCUUCUGAAAAAGCUUUAAUUUUUAUAAAAUUCGAACGAGGAUGCCUUUUGAACAGUAUUCUCCACCAUCGUCCGCUUGUUGGUUCGGAAAGCAUCCUGUACUUUACAGUAGCGCCUGAAGCAGGGUAAUAUUUAAGCCCUACCAAAUACUUUAGUACCUUUUUUAAAUGACGGUACAUUUGCCUCCCAAUCGAGGCCAUUACAGGUUUUUAUAUACAUGGUAGAAUUCUAAACAGACAUUAAGCUUUAGCCUAGUCACAAGUCAAAUUUCAAAAGCUGUGCAAAUUACUUUCAAAAAAUCGUAUGUACCAAUUGACACUUCCGCCGAAAACAGCGUAACUCCAGAGGAAGACUACCUCGACCGGCUGUCCACUGGUUGGUGGGCGCUAUCUUAAGGAAUAAGGUGUCGUCCACUUGUCAUCUUGACAGCAAACGCUGAGACAUUGAUAUUUGAUUGGGCUUGACAGCCUAAAGCUUUUUACUAGUUUUUAAGGCAUUGUAAAGUUAUAGUAGCGUUAGUCAAUGCAUGCUUUGAUUUUAACAAUAACUUAUUAUAAUUCAAGUUUUUGCAGUAGGUUAAGUGUUCUUUAGACUAGAAGUAAGUUGAACAUAACAUGUAUGUACCAAGCACCAGACUAUGACGACAAACAAUUCAACGGCAAUCGAUAUAUAACGAUUAUACCGAUCAUAUCGAUUAUAAUCGAUAUAAUCGAUUAUACCUUACCGAUAAAGACAAUUUUCUUUUUAUUUUGAGGAUAUUUUCCACGGCUUUUGAAGGGUGACCAGAUAUUUAUUACUAGCUGUAAACAAUAUGAGUAUUCAAUUAAAAUAUACUAUACCUAUAAGCUGAAAAAUGUACCAGUUGAUAAUAAAAUUAUAUUAUACCUUCUUGAUCAUA